AUGGAGUCCAGCAUUGCUUCACACGCUAGCAAGUUGCUUGAACUUAGUACUAAAAAGAUAGAUCAGGAGAAACGCCCAAAGCUUCUGGAAGAGAUGCAUUGUUUGGCCGAGGAGGAAAAAGGAAAGAAAGAGAUCGCUGCUCUGCUUAAAAACGACAAAACAAUCGCCUGUUGUACUGUUGCAUUUUUACCUGCCGAAAUAGCAAAGUGCUAUCGGUCGGACCUAAUAGGUUGCAUUCCUGAGUCAUUGAGUGAAACGCAUUGCCAGCAGUUAGCUGAUUUGAUUACAAACAUUCGAUCAUUUCAUACCUUUGUCAAAGAAAAUGACAAAAAAGACUUCCGUAUGGAGUGGUUCGGCAGGCACAAGAAUGGGUCGCAUCGCAUCAACGAAAUUGAAUCCUUGGUCAUAUCAAUUCAGCUUUGCUUGGCUAUACGAGACAGGGUUUCAAUGAAUGGUUUGUCUAAACUAUGGGGAAGGAAGCUCCGUCCCUUGGGAAGGGAUAAAAAUGCACUAAAGCUACGUUUCACAAACUUUCUAACGCCAAAGGGAUUGCAUGAGGAGCAACAUCAUUGGCGCCCGGCCUCUGUAAAGAAAGCGAUGAUAAGCAUCGUCUCCCCAAUUAAGAAGAUGAUGAGUCCAGUGUCCAAUGGAAAAAGGUCCAAUGGUCAGACACCUGCAACAAGAGAGACCAGUCAACUCUCUGAGAAAUCUAUAUUGGGCAACUCACAAGAUGAAUCCGUUGAAGCGACGAUUUGCCCUGUGGCAGUAGAGAAGAUGAAUAGUAAGAGUAUGUCAAUCGGAUUCGAUGAUCUGCAACCACAGAAUCUUUACAGGAGAAGAAUUGAAGAUAGUCCAGAGAAAGGGACGUCGCAGCAUCCCAUCAAGAAGUCGGUGAAGAAGUCGAAGAAGCGAGGUUUCUCUUCCCCGCAAAUAGAGUUCAAGCAAACGCUUAGCCCACUCUCAAAAUCGCCAGUGCGGGUCAAAGGAAAACCCAACGGUCAGACGCCAGCAAAACCGUUCAAGAUAUCUGUAUUGGAGACCUCACAAGAUGAAUCCAUCGAACUCGAGGUGUCUCCCCGGCGACUCGUCGAUGUGUUAGCUCGUCCAGAGAAAGGGACGUCGCAGCAUCCCAUCAAGAAGUCGGUGAAGAAGUCGAAGAAGCGAGGUUUCUCUUCCCCGCAAAUAGAGUUCAAGCAAACGCUUAGCCCACUCUCAAAAUCGCCAGUGCGGGUCAAAGGAAAACCCAACGGUCAGACGCCAGCAAAACCGUUCAAGAUAUCUGUAUUGGAGACCUCACAAGAUGAAUCCAUCGAACUCGAGGUGUCUCCCCGGCGACUCGUCGAUGUGUUAGCUCGUCCAGAGAAAGGGACGUCGCAGCAUCCCAUCAAGAAGUCGGUGAAGAAGUCGAAGAAGCGAGGUUUCUCUUCCCCGCAAAUAGAGUUCAAGCAAACGCUUAGCCCACUCUCAAAAUCGCCAGUGCGGGUCAAAGGAAAACCCAACGGUCAGACGCCAGCAAAACCGUUCGAGAUAUCUGUAUUGGAGAGCUCACAAGAUGAAUCCAUCGAACUCGAGGUGUCUCCCCGGCGACUCAUCGAUACAUCGCAGCAUCCCAUCAAGGAGUCAGUAGGGAAGUCGCUCGAGCUAUAUGUCUUGGAGGACUCACAAGAUGAAUCCAUCGAAAUUGUCGAUGCGUUACCCAUCGUGGAGAGGACGUCUCAUAUCGACAGUGAGUGGUCCAGGAAUUCCAAUGAGAGAGGCACAAAUGGUAACCCAGCAAAGGUGACCCCAACAAAUGAGCUUGAUAACAGUUUCAGUUUUGGAAGUCAAUACUCAGAAGAGGAAGACGAAGAAGAUCCAGUCACGGCAGAUUGUCAUGGCACUUUACCAACUGAGAAUGAGACGGAAAUCAUCGAUUAUUCAUCAGAUGACUCCGCUUUCGUCCCAGAUAGUGACUGUUAUACUGACGACUCGUCUAACGAUGAGCCAAACAAUGACUUCGGCGAUCAUGAUGACGACUCCUCUACCGAAGAACCUGAUGAUGAAGCUGAAGAAGAAGGAAAGUUUCGUCGAAAGAUUGAUAAACUUGGCUUAGGAUCAGCCGUUGACGCAGUAUUAGCCACUGGAAGAAAAGCUCGUAAAUUCGCUUUCCAGAAUCCUAAGGGUGGUCAAGCGACACGUUAUUCUCAAAUCCCAGUGAGUUCAUCAAGGAAAAGGUUUGCCAAAAAUGCUAAAGAAACAGAAUGGAUUCAAAACGUGGUCAAUAUGUCUGGGAACGAAAACCUCACAGAGACUCAAAAGGCAGCGUAUCUGUUUGAAAAUCUUCUCAAAUUUUAUCCCGACCUGUUGGACGUUUCUGCAGAAGAAUGCGGGAUUCGAGGACUCAACAGAAUGCUCCCAAUGGACGCACACAAAACACUAGCGAUGAUGAACGAAGCCAACAUGACAUACUAUACCCUUCGAGUCGUCAAGCGUUACAUCUGGGAUCAUUUCAAAAUACGCUUCACAGCUCCUGAGGAAAGGAUCAGAGAAAUCACAGCUCACCUCGUUGAACCUAUCCAUGGAACGGUCAAGAUUGACGAAACAAUAAUCACAUAUUGGUACCGCCCAAUCACCGACGUCGUUCUGAACUUGUUUAAACAUGAAUUCAAAGAUCUUGAAUUUCAUGAAUGCAAGGUAAUUUUGGGAGGAGAUCAUGGGGCUGGAGUUUUCCACAUGUCCAUCAAAGUUGUUCUUUACAGAGAGGAUGGAACAAUUGCGAGAGAAGCAAUCGAAAAAGUAGGCCAUAUCGAUAACGGGAAGGAUACCUACCAAGUUUUGAAUGAAACCAUUAUGCAACCACUUGAGGAGUCAUUGGCAUUGCUGGAGAAAUCUGCAAUUCGCAUCCCAAAAGAUUGUACACCUGACGAAUACCAGACACUUGUCACUUUCAUUCCUCUUACCGAAUGCAAUUCUUCAAAUGAUAGUGCUUUCCGAAUCAUCACUCUCAUAGUGGCAGCAACUGGAGAUUUGGCAUGGGUCAACACAAUGCAGGGAAAGGAGAAUAUGUCAUCCAAAUGGUGCCCUUAUUGCGAUCUUCACCCAAACGAGUUCAAAAAUAUCGACCAUAAUCCAGGCAACCUAUGGACUCUCGAAAGCAUGGCGCGGACUCGAAAUUUCAUUGCAUCGGGAGUAUACCCAGCCAAGGACAAGGCUCGACUUCAGAAGGGAUGCACACGUGCUCCGCUCUCCAAGGUCUUGCAGCCACAACGUUACAAGCCUCCGGUCCUUCACGUCAUGAUGGGAGGGUUCAAUUUUGCGAUUAAAGGAUUAUACGAUUACGCUGAUGCACGACAUGAAAAAGUUCCAGAGAAGGAGCGUAAGAAAAGGAUCGAAUACUUUGAUGCCAUGGACAUUCUGGAUAGCUUAGAAGAGGAAUUCAAAUCCCUUGAAGAUCCAGAGAGAAUAAAACACAAGAGAAAAGAAUGCAUUUCACAGAAGAAGAAAUUUCAAGAUUUAAAGAAAGAACUCAAAAAAAUGGAAGGCGAACGACCAUUAGCCAAACGAAGAAUCCGCAAUUUAUUCGAUCAAGUUCUAAAGGACUGUGGCAUCGAUCGUGGUGCAAGUCAUGGGGGAGACUUCACUGGCGUUGGAUGUAUUCAAUUGGAGAAUCGAAUGGACGAAAUCAUUGACAAAUUUAAAGCAAUUCUACUGAGGGAGGGAAAUAAGAACAAGGAGGAAAUCGAAGAAGUGUUAGAAGCCUAUAGGUACCACUUUCGAAUUCUAUCCCACAUGUUCUCUCUUGCCCGAACCCCCAAGAGCGAUUUCCUUGUACCUGCGAAGAAGACCCACAUCCUGACUGAGUUGGCGAAGGCUGCUCGGUUUGGUGAUUUAUCGACUCAGCGCUUGGGGCUUUCCAUGACGACCCCAAAGCGUCAUUUGUUCAGUGCUCAUGCUGUCGCUAUGAUUGAUAAGGAUAAUGGCAUUGCAGAUUGUAACGAAGAUUGGGUGGAAAGACAACAUCAGAUGCGGAAAAAAGUCACCAGCACAUACAAGACUAGGAACCUCGUGAAGCUUGCUAGGUAUGAGAUUCGACAGGACGGGAUUAACAACAACCAACGCAUCAAAGAAAUUCAGAAAGGAGUUUCUGAAAGAGCUUCAAGGAAAGGCUUUAGAGCGAAAGCUUUGAGGGAAAAGCAGAUAGCACAAGCUAAAAGGCAUGGCCUGCGGCAAAAGGCAAUUGAUGAAUUUCCGCAGCAGUUAGAAGAAAACCCAACUCUUAAAUCCCUCAAGGAUCGGAGUAUAUUGGACAGACUAAGACCACUUGAGAACAGAACAGAAUUUCAAGAGUAG